AACCUUCUAAUCGAUUGCUGUCUAUCUUGUUCUAUAAGAACAUUUAGCCCCAUUAAUCUGGUGCAUCUCUAUCUCCGACAAAUUUUGUCCAUUGAUAUUGAAUGUUUAUCAUAUCACCAAGCGUUUCGUUUCAUCAGUACCUCACUCUAUUCUGUUCUCGCAUUCGUCAGUAUGCCUCGAACAACUUUCCCCUCAUUGACGGAGUUUCUGUCCAAGAUGGAACCCGGGAAGCCUGGCGAUGGAGGCUCGACAGACAAUUGGGAUGUAGUCGUCAGUUACUCACUCGACAAGCUGAACGAGUUACUUGGGAAGCUAUGGAAGACCGACGCUCCUUUCAAGUCCACCAUAUCGACCCAAACAAAUGAAUACUAUAUGAUGCUCGGGACAACGUACACAGUCAACUGGGAAAUGACGCUUGGAAGCCCUUCGUUAUCAUUUGAUCCUUAUGGUGAUAAUGCGACUGCUGUUCUUACAAUGCUUGUCAAUGGCUGGUACCAAGUCGCAGACCAACUGGACAGUGAAGGGAAAGUCAUAAAAACAUUCGAUAAAAAACCUUUCCCAGUUGAUCAACUCGUCUUGAAAGCUGCAGUUCCACUCGCGAUGGUCAAGGCAGACACCCUGACAAGCGACUUGAUCAUCACGGGGGGAUCCAAAAGUGUAACUUUCAUCGACAAACCUGGGCAAAAAGCCUACGUGGUGUUCAACUUCGCGCAUGAGGGUAUUGGUGCCCAAUAUAGUGUCGAAGCUAUCAACCCAGCCACCGAAACCCCUGAUCUGACUAAUUUAUCCACAAAACUCAGCAAAUGGAUUAGGGACCAGAACAAGGUCCCCUCAAUCAAAUGUGCCCUUGCUGAAGUUACGGCGGAGACACAGCCUGCAAUUUACUGUCUCACACCACAGUCUUGCGCUUUCAGCAUCUACGCGCCCCAAAAUGCGGGCGAUGGUCAUCAGAAUGCCGGCUGUCUUAGCGUAUACAUCAACACCAAAGAGACAGGUAAUGAACCAGGGGCUGACAUACGAUCAUUUAAAUUUCCUUCCAACGAAGAAGAAACCUACCCGAUUCCUUUGAAUUACACAGCAAGCAUCAUAAUCCGUCACCGUGUCUUCGCCGAGGCCUUUUUCAUCAAGUCGCUCAAAGACCUCCGCAACAGUGACGGAAAACAGUUGCUUUUCCACAAAGUGAUACUCAAAGACAGUAACAAAGGCCUUGCUCUGAAUUGCUUCAUCAAUCGCUCUGCAGCUGCUGAAUGGUCCGAUAAAUCCUUGUUUGGACUACUUACUCGUACGUCUUAUACUCACAGUCUUAUCUAUCUGACGUUGAAAUAUAUGAGCUUCACGAAACACAUACUUAUCAGCAAAAUAGAACAAAAACUUGACUUUGGUAGUGAUUACUAUCCUGUCGAACUGACAAUUGAAGGGAACAACGCGCAUUGGUACUACAACUUUUACGAAAACUUGAAAUGGAUUGACCUCCCCACAUGGGGUACAGUCACGUACCGCGUGUGGCUCGACAAAAGGCAGCAGGUCUUCACAUCCGCAAACGACGAAGGUGUGCAAGCCCACAUGCAACUUGAAUCCAAAGACUGGACAACAUUCCAUCACGGAGAUGACCCGGAAACGAAAGAGUGGCUUCUAGGGAAAAGGCAAGAGAUACCGAAGGAUUCCGUCAAGGAACUGGACUCUAUCGCCAUGCCAACCGUAGAUAGCUAUGCCGGACUGAGAUAUUUUUCUACUACUAAUGUUUUCGCACCAGGAAGGCACAUGUUGAAAGUGGAUGAUGUAAGUGCAGUCCAUUUGCCGUAUGACCUAGUCAUUUUGGGCAAUCUGGUGUCACCAGAGACUGUUUCCCCUUCCCCUCCCCCUGCAGUAGCAGGCGUUGUGCGCGCUAUGGCCAAUGCCACAAAGCCCAUAAAUAUCAAAAGCAAUGACGAAUAUCGCAAGGAUAUGUUGCUUGGAAAACCCAUUCUUCUCGAAACCAUGGAUGUGCUCUCUCGAUGCGACGAGAAGGAGGUCACUCAGUUCAUCCAAGGAGGGUCGGGCUACAACAUCGACCCUUCCGACUCUAUGAAAUUUGCAGAGAAAAAUAGCGAUACGACGUCAACGGAAUUUGACCUUAGUCAAUUUGGUGGCAUGUACAAGUUUACCGAGCCAGCCAGUCUAGCUACUGCAGUAAUGAUGAUUGACUCGUCCAAUUCCAGGCUCUAUGUAGGUGGGAGCUGGGUUCAUAACCGCACCACGGACGAUGGCAGCAUUGCCUUUACCUACGACAACUAUAAAUACAGCCUUCGGUUUAGUCUUUCCAGGUCGGAAAGUGGCGACGAGCUUAUCCUUUCUUUCAAUGGCACGAGACAGGAGACUGGGAAGACAGUCUCAGAGACUGUCAAGGGCAAACAAGAUGACAAACCACCUUCUGACGAAACAAUCGCUGAAACUCCUUCGGGUGUCAAUGCGGCCUAUGUUAUCAGCGGCUUUGGCGCUGGCUGGCUCGUUCUCAGUUUUGUCUUGGAUAGAUUUUACUUCCCAUGGAGAAAAGAAAAGGCCGAAAAAGCGAAGGAAAAGAUCGCCGAGCAAAAGGAGGGGCUGAAAAAAGCCGUGGAUAUCUUGGAGAAGAACGUCGCGUAUCCGCAGAUUUCACCGAAAAAGUUCUCCACGGCUGUGGAGUCGCACGUCAAGUCCAAGCUGCAGGAACUGAUGAGAAAAGAUCCACCACCGGAUCUAGCCGAGCUGCAUAAGCUGGCUGCGAGCGAAGCAGUAAAGGAGCUUAGGUCCAAGUUCAUCACAGCUGUGGACCCUUAUUUUCGCGUGCGGAUGCAUGCAGUAGAGGGAAUUCUGACGCCAGCAGGGAUCACGGCGCACUCUCAGACUUUCGCGGCAACGCUCAUGAAUAGCAAUACUCAACUCAUGGACAACCUAAAGGAGGGAUCAGACUACAUCAAAUCGCUCACGGCAGUAGAAGUUAGCCGCAAGAAAGUGGAGGAGCAUCGUGCGGCAAAGAAGAGUCAAGAAACUCUGAAAGAUAAGUACGAAAUGGCACGUGCAAACUUGGAUGUCCAGUUGAAGGAGGAUUACAAGGAGCGAGCAGAACUAGUAGAAAGACUGCGAAAGCAGGGAUUGGUGGAGGCAGAUAUCAAGUCGCACGAAGAAGUCAAGAGCUUAGACACACAGAUAAAUGACCGCGUCCGGGAGAUAAAGAAUGAGGCUAAUAAGCGCGAUGCGGCAGAGACUGGGGAGAAGGCUGAACAGAAAAACAUAAAAGACGCUGAGUUGGAAGAGAAAAGAAGAAAGAAAGAACAUGACAAGGAGAGGGACCGUGCUUGGGAGAUCUAA